CUUUGUGCGCGCAGGCACCCGGCCUGGCCUGUCCUCUGACGGGGCCGCCCCGUGGAGCGGGAGGAGGAGCGGAAGCAGGAAGGGCUGAGGAGGAGGAGGAGGGGGAAGGAGAAGCACGGAGGAGGACGUCGCCCGCCCGCGCCGCCGCCACCUCAUGCCGCGGCCCCGUCCUGCCGCCGGGGCUGAGCCGCGGCUGAGCCUCCGGCCGCUCCUGGCCCCGCUGGGGCUGCUGCUGCUGCUGCCGGGCGCAGGUGACUGCCAGCUGCACACAUCUUGUGGAAUCCAGAAGUGCACCACUGAUUUUGUGUUCUUCACUUCCCAUCUAAACGCAGCUCUUGAGGACUUUGAUCUGGAGUUCUGCAAGGCCCUGCGUGCGUACUCUGCAUGUACCUAUCGCAAUUCCAAAGUAUGCCGUGGAAACCUGGUUUACCAUUCUGCAGUACUCGGGAUCAGUGACCUCAUGGCCCAGAGGAACUGUACCAAAGAUGGACCAACAUCCUCCACCAACCCUGGAAUGACCCAUGAUCCUUGCAAUUACAGCAGCCACACAGAAGCCAGAGAACAUCAGGGAGGGGAGAAGACUCCUGCUCCUACUUAUCUAUUUUGUGGCUUGUUUGGUGAUCCACAUCUGAGGACUUUUAAGGAUCACUUCCAGACAUGCAAAGUGGAAGGUGCUUGGCCCCUCAUAGACAAUAACUACUUGUCAGUGCAAGUGACCAACGUGCCUGUGGUCCCAGGAUCCAGUGCUACUGCUACAAAUAAGAUAACUAUUAUCUUUAAAUCAUACCAAGACUGUACAGAACAGAAAGUGUAUCAAGCAGUGACUGAUGACUUGCCUGCAGCUUUUGUGGAUGGUACGACGAGUGGAGGUGAUGGGAACACCAGGAGCUUGAACAUCGUGGAGAAGGUCAGUGGGAAGUACAUCGAGAUGCAUGCCCGGCACAUUGGGACCACAGUAUAUGUGCGGCAGCUUGGACACUACCUGACGCUGGCCAUCCAAAUGCCUCGGGAACUGGUCAUGGCCUACGAAGAGGGUCAGGACCUGCAGCUCUGUGUCAACGGCUGCCCCUCCAGUGAACGCAUUGAUGACAGCGGUCACUUGCCGUUGCCUGUGAUGAGCAAAUUGCUUCCUCAGGGCAGUGCUGCCCAUCCCCGAUCAGUGUACACGCUGGAAACCGCCACCACCAAAUGCCAUGAGAAGAUGCUGGUGAAGGACAUCUACUUUUACUCGUGUGUAUUUGACCUGCUCACUACAGGUGAUGCCAACUUCACAGCUGCUGCUCACAGUGCCUUGCAGGAUGUGGAGGCGCUGCAUCCCAGAAAAGAGCACUGGCAUAUCUUUCCCAGGAGCAGAGGUGGUGCUGUGGGGAGGGAUAGCAAAUUCUUUGUCCAUCUUGGACUCCUGUGCUUUAUCCUUGUUGUGUUUUUGUAGGGGUUUUUUUGUUUUGUCAGUAAACAAAGUUUUGAAAUAUAUAUUGUCAUAAUAUAUUGAGUAAAGAGGAGUAUAUAUGUAUAUACCAUGUAUAUGAAGGGAUGUUUUGUCUUGGGACACCCACCAGAUUGUACAUAUUGUGUUAACUGUUUUCAUAUAUGUUUGAUGCAGUGUUCUUUGUAUCUAUUUGUUUUACAGUUGUUGAAAUGUUUUAUAAUGUCCCUGCACUGGGACCUGAUACAGAGCACUUUAUUUUUUACAUAUUAAAUAUUUAAAUGUGUAUCUGAGUAACUGUGUAUUACACAUAAAAUACUCAGUGCUCCCUCUAAGUAGUACUUGGUUUAACACAUUUUUUUUAAAUUGAAUUAACUUGUGGGUUUUUCCAAGCCAAACAUGGAUAUUUUGAAGCUAGUGAAUGGUCUCUGGAGAGAGCUUAACUUAAAGGGAAGGCUUGCUUUUUUUGACAGGCUCUCCAGUUGUCUGUCUUUUAGAAGCCUACAGAUUUAUAUUUUUUUCAUGCUUGGAAACCCCACAGUGUGUCAGUCUUUGCAAAACAUUUUAGAUGUGGUUCAUCAAUAUACCAGUAAGUAUAUGUGUGUAUGUGAAAGAGUGGCUAUGCAGUGUAUAAAUACUUUGAAUUAUUACAGUAGAAGAAUAGUUGCCUGCCCUGCUGAGGAGCAUCAGUAAUGUGGUGUAAGUGACACCUGGUGGGGUGCAGAGAAAUUGGGGCUGUAGGCCACAUACUGGGCAGGCAAUUUAUAAAUAAAGGCUGUUUAUCUCCUAGCCAAAUAGGAUGGAUAGGAUAUUGGACAGCAGUGUGCUGAAUACAGUUCUUAUACUUCUUGCAGAUGGUUGUUUUCCCUCUACUAAAUAAGAUAUGUAGUUAAAUUUAUGACCAGCAGCUGUAAACCAGGCCAGUUUAUUAAAGAGACAGUGUGUGAGGAACCAAGAGCAGGAACCAUCCCCUCAGGAUACCAGUUGUACAGUUAUUUUGCAGUGUUUGUGGAGAUACUUAGAAGAGCUUUAACACAGUUAUCUGUGUUACUUCUGCAUUCCUCCUGAGAGGUGUUAUAAAAAUCCUCUUUUUAAGUUAUUGGAGAACUCUCAGACCAGAAGAACCCUGGAAUAGAAAAUUAUUUGCCAUAAAACUAAAGAAGAGAUGGUGAAGUUGGGCGAAAAAAUUAUACAGAAGAGUCCAUAAAAUUACAGAUCUUUUUGAACAGGAUGAUCUGCUCAGUAUAUAUGGAAGCUGUAAUAUUUCAUCUGCAGGGCUAAUCACACAGUGUGAAGGUAAAUUGAAAGUGCCAAAAGUUAAAGAAUUUAUGUCAGAUACAUACCAAGACAGACCUAAAAGUGACAGCUUUGAAUGUUACUUCGCUAAGCUCGUGUUACAGCUGCGAUUUGAGCUGUGUGAGGAACAAUCUUAUAUCGUAAAUAUAUCAGCAAAAUGAUCUGUGGAAAUUGCUGUAGAAAGCAAAGGGAGCUUUAAAUAUGUAUAUGUUCACUGUACAGAGAAGGCAGCUGUCAUACCUGCAAGGAUUCACUCUCCCAGGUGUUGAUCUAUCACCACAAGCUCUGCAGAAGGCAGUGUAACAUGUUUAUCAGUAUUUUAAUGCCACAGCCUGUCAGCUGUUACUGACACUACGUUUUUGCCUUUGUCUUCAACAAGCUAGGCGAUGCCUUGGAUAUUAGUGGCUUAUCCAAAACAGUUUUUUAAGUAUCUUCUUAACUAGUGUUUCCUAACCAUAUGCUAACAAUGGCUGAUGAUAGUUCUCUGUAGUUGUGGAGUCUGGCAACUUCUAUAGGAAGCAUGUUGCAGGACUGAGCAGAGACUGUGUGCUUAAUCCUUCAUUUUGUAGGUACAGAAGACUCCUAAACAAGGGUAUUAUGAAAGGAAAUAGUAGGCUUAACUGCCUGUCAAACCAAAAAUACUUUUUUAUUUCCUGACUGGAAGAAAAAUCUGCAUAGAGCAUCUGUUAAGUGGAACGCAACCUGAGAGAACAACCUGGCUUUUGUUCUUAUGGUCAAGUUACGGCCCUUCAGUAUUGCAUUUCCUUUCAGACUGCUGCUGUACUGCCAGAAAAUAGAUCGUCAACUAUUUUCAUUUUCUUACCUUAGCAUUAUGGUUACCAUGCAUUUGUUUUAUGAGUUUUGAGGCUGUGCAAGUGCCUAUUUACUUAUAUACACUGCAAAGUGAAGCAAGCAAUGUUGCAAGCUUUGUACUGUCUAAUGAGAGUUUCAUUAGUGGACAUGUUUUGAAAAAAAGCCCAGGAGUCUUGUGGCUUUCUUCUGUUUUGACAGACACACAGAACAGUUUACAAUCUUGCGUUUGUUUUCUUCAUGUAAGUACAGCUGAGGUGUUUUACUGAAAUUUUCAUGCUAAGGUUAUUUAAUUCCGAUCUAUAUCUUGACUGGUACGAAUUCUUUUCUGUCUUUUCCUAUUCCGGUUAUUACAGUGCUAUCUGCACCAUGUCCAAACAGGACUAGUAAUGAUUCCCUUUUUUUUAAAAGGUGUUUUUACAAGAUAAAUGUUCUCUGUAUUGUGCUGCUACUUCUCUACUUUGGUACUUCAGUACUUUGCUGCUACUUUGUAUUCAAAACAAACAAGAAUUGUGGGGAUCAGUGUUGUUCAUGAGAUUUUAUCAUUGUUAUUAGUUAUCAUCUUGUGGAGAGUAACAUAGCCAUGGAUCAAGUACAAGUAUGCAGGUAAAUUUGUGAUGCUGAUGUAGAACAAUUGCAUCUGGUCUGAUUCUGAAUUCUUUAUCUUUGUAAACUAAAGUUCAUUGAAAUUAAAAGCUGCUGAUAGUAAACAACUGUGAACAGUAAGAUUGAUUACAGUCUUUGUGCUGGGCUGUGUAUCAGAACUCAUAACUAGAUAUAAAAAGGACAUUGUGUCAUAUGUGGAGUGCCAAUAACAUUUAUAGGGAUUAUUUUCAUGAUUACACUAGUUUUAAAGCUUAAUUUCCACUUUUAUCUACACCCCAACAGUAGACAAAUACUCCAUUAAAUACACAAAAUAUGUACAUGUCAUUGAUUCUA